AUGUCUAUGGAAAAGAUGAGAAACCUUGGAGGAGAUGGGCCUCCAAAGCAAUCAGGCCAGAGACGACGUUUGUUUCGUCUGCGAAAACCUCAGCUGGACACUGAGAAACGAUUUGAUAUUGAAACGAUCAGCUCAUUCAAACAGAUGCCAUCAUUUCUUCCCAAGCACUUUGUCACGAGGAGACCACUCAUGGGAGCUUGUUGUUCAUGCAUGCCACAAAGCCGGAGAGAGUUCAUGUCAGGAGAGCUGCGGGAGUUAGGAAUGCGGAACAUUCUUGAUGUCAGAACAGAAAUGGCCAACACUGGCUUCUUGUCAAGAUGUUUUGCAGAUGAAGCUUAUGCACUCAGACAUCCUCUGCUUAGUAAAUAUCCAGAUUUGACUAAAUCCGUCCUGACCAGUCCACGAGUGGUACAUGCUAUAGAAUUAACAGCAGAACAAGUCAUACAGUCCACUCAUGGAGAUCGAGACUAUUUGUUUAAGCAAAUUUCUAUGAUUGAGAAACAGUGUGUAAAGACAAUCAAUAAAAUGAAAGCUUCUGUUUCUUGCAUAUUCAUAAAUUUUACUGCCUGGUUCCUGACAAAGUUUUUAUCAAAAUUUCUGAGAAGUGUUCAAGUAUGCCGAGGACAAAUGAUGGUGGUGAAACAAGCUAGUCAGAAAGGAAUCCCAAUGAUUUACUUACCUCUUCACCGCAGUCAUCUAGAUUACAUUUUAGUGACAUGGAUUCUGUGGCACUACGACAUUCGUGCACCCUUCGUUGCUGCAGGCGACAACAUGGACAUUCCAUUCUUUAAUGUGCUUAUGAGAGGUCUUGGGGGAUUCUUCAUUCGUCGCCGUUUAGAUACAAACUUAGGACAGAAAGACCUUGUGUACAGAGCUUUAUUGCAUGAGUACAUGACCAAACUUUUGAGCCAUGGAGAAGGUCUAGAGUUUUUCAUCGAAGGAGGCAGAACACGGACAGGGAAAGCUGUCAUUCCCAAAGGAGGACUACUGUCGGUUGUUGUAGAAGCUUGUAAUGAGGGUGAAAUCUCAGAUGCAUUAAUUGUGCCAGUGACAUUCAGCUAUGAGAAAAUCAUAGAUGGGAACUAUUGCAGGGAGCAGAUGGGUCAGAAGAAAGUGAGGGAGACAUUCUGGGGAGCAGUGAAGGCCAUUUUUCGAGUCAUGUUCAAUACCUACGGCAGUGUCAGGGUGGACUUUGCACAGCCCUUCUCUCUGAGGGAAUUUCUUGCCCUCAGUAGAGCAAACCCUUACCACCCACUUACUGCACCUUCUGCUCCUGCACGGCUGCUGACAGACUUUGGAGCAUCAUAUCCCAACUUCUCCCAGACACUUCUGUCUACAAACGGAGAAGCUGAAAUCACCAGGAUGAUUGUGAAAGCACUUGCAGACCAUACAGUUUACACUGCUGACCAUAGUACCCCACCGAUGGCCACCCACCUGAUCGCAUUCCUCAUGCUAACCAAAUACAGACAGGGUGUGUAUAUGAGAGAACUAGUGAAGGGUGUCCACUGGAUCAUCAGAGAGCUCCAUGCCAUACAGACAGAUGUUGGCUUCUGUGGACAGAUCGAGGACGUGAUUCUCUAUGCCCAGGAGUUGCUAGGGGAUCAUCUCAUCAGCAAACAAUGGCAUGAGGAAAAUGGAGAUUUGAAAUUAUACCCCAGUCUUUCACUGCCAUUUGUGUUUGAACUCAACUACUAUUCCAACCUGGUCACUACUCACUUUGCUUUGGAAAGCAUACUGGCCACAGCUGUGAUGUGUGAAGGCCACCUGUCGCUGUUUCAUCUUCCAACAUUGAGUCCUGCAUCUGAAAUAAAAGUUGUCCGAGAAAAUGUAUUGGAUUUAGCUGAAGAGCUCUGUUUGAUUAUCCAUAAUGAAUAUAUUUUUGUGCCUCCGUGUGAAAAUCUGAGCACAGUGUUGUCUGGAACUCUAGAGUCUUUCAUUUCGAAGGAAAUAUUGUCAACAGGGGACUAUGCAAAGGUUAAUGUUGAAAAAAGUGAUGUCAGAGAACGCUUACAUUUCCUUGUAUCAGUCUUGGGCCCCUUGUUUGAAUCCCAUCUGUUGGUGGCCAGAUAUGCUCUCAGUGAGCUGACAGCAGAGCUAACAGAAGAAGACUUUUUGUCUGCAGUUGGAGAAUAUGCUCGAAAAAGAGAAAAGGAAGGCCUUGCUAUAUUCA